AAGCCGUUGCACGCAUUUAUAAAGAAUUUACCGCAAUAAAAGUCUUAAAAUGAAUUAUUACGUGUGCCUACACCAGGAGGGCAUUAGCAGCAUAAGUAAACUUAUACACAAGGCGCAUGCCAAUAACUAUAAUGUGGUUGCUACUUCAAUAAAUGCCAACAUGCUGCCCAUGGAUCCACUACCAACCGACCCCACAUACCCGGCCACCUUGCUAAGCGCCGUUGAAUGGAAUUCCAAAAUGAUUUUCAUGCUCUCCGAUGUGGAUGUUGAUUCACCGAAUGAGAAACUUCGCCAGUACUCCAAGGAGGCCUUGUUGCGGGACAUAACUUGGGCAGAGCACCUGCAAAACAAUGGUAGCGUUAUGGUGCGCUUGCGCGGGCCCAACAAUGACAAUCUAGCCGAUAUUAUUAAGACCAAGGCAAAAGGCAACUGGUUUGUGCACGUGCCCAUUACAAAUCCGGAACUGACUACAUUUGAGCAUCGCCAGGAUGCAAGCGAGAGUGACAUAGAGCAGGCGCAGGCAGUUGAUCCAUGGUCUUGGUGGAACAAUUUACGCUUUGCCAUCAAUCACCAUCCCAAGGUGAAAGUAGUGCUGGAGCUAAGCGAUUCGGAUCGACCUACACGUGAGAAUGUGCGCCGUUGGCUGGGUGAGCCCAUCGAGGCUAUUAUUAUUCCCUCUAGCUUAUUUGUACGCAAUCGCAACAACUACUAUGUACUGCUCAAGGAGUGGCAGGUCAUCAUAGGACACUUUAUCUCAGUACGCGCCAAUAUUAUUAUUUCCACGAAUCCAAACGAUAAUGCCAUUAGUCAAUAUGCGGAUUAUGCCAAGAAACUUAUCAAUGACAACAGCGAUACACACGCUUUAAACAACUAUGAGAAUAUGCUGGAGAUACCGCUACAACCGCUCUGUGAUAAUCUGGACAGCUAUACAUAUGAGAUCUUUGAAACAGAUCCUGUCAAAUACAAACUGUACCAAGAGGCAGUUAAGCAGGCACUACUGGAUCAUGUCAGCGACAAUGAAGCGAAGCGAAAAAAGAUAGUUGUUAUGGUGCUAGGCGGUGGGCGUGGUCCGCUGGCACGUGCUGUGUUUAAUGCCGCACAGCUAACCAAUUCCAAAGUGCGCGUCUACAUUAUAGAGAAGAAUCCGAGCGCCAUACGCACGCUUUCCAAUAUGGUUAAAACAUUAUGGUCGAAGCAAGAUGUGCAUAUCUUUUCCAAAGAUAUGCGUGAAUUUCAGCCACCUGAGCUGGCCGAUAUACUAGUGUCUGAGUUGUUGGGCUCAUUUGGCGACAAUGAACUCUCCCCUGAGUGUCUGGAUGGAGCGCUGAAGCUGCUCAAACCGAAUGGUAUUAGCAUACCCUGCAAAUCCACAUCGUAUAUGAAUCCUCUCAUGUCUGCCGUGCUGCAUAACAAUGUGAGCCAGCUUACAGGCACUGUGCCAGCUUUCAAUUGUGGCUAUGUGGCGCUGCUGAAGAACGUCUAUCACAUCGAUGAGCCACAGGCUCUAUUUGAGUUUAUACAUCCAAAUAGAGCGGCAAAGGUAGACAAUACGCGAGAUAUGGAGCUGCACUUUAAGGCCGUGAGUGACUGCGUACUCAAUGGCGUUGGGGGCUACUUUGAUACACAGCUGUAUAAGGACAUCGUAUUGAGCAUAAAUCCAUUGACGCAUACGCCAGGCAUGUUCAGCUGGUUUCCCAUGUUCUUCCCAAUUCAUCCACAUAAGAUCAAGGCGGGUGACAGAAUUUCCUUUAAGUUCCGACGCUGUGUAGACAAAGAGAAAGUCUGGUACGAAUGGCAGUUGACUGCUCCAGAGCUGGGCGACGUGCAUAAUGUGGGAGGCAAGGGCUACAAUAUGAAAUUGGGAUAGAAUCGCACAGCGCGUAACGAAUGCAAUACAAUGUGGGAUAUUUACAAUUAGAGGUUAAAACCAAAAAAAAAA